CGCGCCGCCUUAGGUGGUACGUGACGGCGAAUGCAGCGCAUCGUCUUUCAGAAACAGCUGCUGCUGCUGCUCGGAUACCCAGAUCUAAACUGGUUCUACGUGGACUACGCUCGAGAAGAAAUGGCGUUCGGUCAAGAAGCCGGCAGCGAUGGGUCGAACACGUACGGCGCAACGCCACUGCAGGGUCGUCAAGAGAUGGAGGAGGACACGCGGGCGCUGACCGCCUCCGGUGGCCGGUCUCCAUGGCGCGCUCGUCUUGUGCUGUCCGUGUGCUGCGCCUGCAUGAGCGGGGCGUCUUUCGGUCUCACGCUCAGCUACUCGUCGCCGGCGCUUCCCGACAUCCGGCGGCGCAUGCCGUUCAGCGACAGCCAGGGCGAUUGGUUCGGCUCCCUGGUCACACUCGGGGCGCUCUUCGGUGGACUCGUCGGAGGUCAGCUUCUGAAUAGGCUUGGCCGCAAGGACACCAUCAUUUUCUCGUCGCUUGGUUUCGCGAUCGGCUUCCUGUUGAUCGAGGCGUCGCCGCUACCGAUCGUCAUGUUCCUGGGCCGUUUCCUGACGGGCGUGUCCACGGGCAUCACCGCGGUGGCGCUGCCCGUCUUCGUCUCGGAGGUGAGCCCGCCCCAGAUACGCGGCGUGCUCAACACCAUGUGCACCAUCGCCAUCACCUCGGGCGUGCUGCUCGCCUACGUGCUGGGCAAGUGGCUCGACUACCAGUGGCUCGCCACCGCCUGCAUCGUGCCCGCGCUGGUGGUGGUCAUCUCGAUGCCUUUCGUGGCGGACUCGCCCAGGUGGCUGAUCCAUGCCGGACGCUCCGAGGAAGCCCUCCAGGCGUUGAAGUUCUACGAAGGCGAGGACAGGGCUCGUGAGGAGUUCGAGAGCCUGCAGGCGGCGGGUACCGCUGACGAGAGGUUCUCACUGGCCGAAUUCAAGCUUCCGUACGUCUACAAGCCGUUCCUGUGCGUCUUGCUCGGCAUGUUCCUCCAGCAGUUCUCGGGCAUCAGCAUCAUGCUGUUGUACACGCAAGACAUCUUCGAGUCUGCCGGCUCGACCAUCGAGUCCACCGACUGCACAAUAAUCGUCGGAGUUGUCCAAGUGGCCAGCGGCUUCCUGGCCACGCUGGCCAUUGACCGCUUGGGUCGCAAAAUACUGCUGCUCGUGUCUUGCUUCCUGUCCUCCAUCAGCCUCGUCCUUCUUGGAAUUUCCUACCAUUUCAAGGACACUCAGGGUCAGGCGUUCCUCGCUUCUUACGGCUGGCUUCCUCUGCUUGCUCUCUGCGGCUUCAUGGUCGGCUACUCUGUGGGCCUUGGACCGCUGCCGUGGAUGCUCAUGGGCGAGAUGCUGCCACUGCGCGUCAAGGGCUUCGCCACGGGCGUGUCGACAGCCUUCAACUUCGGCUGCGGUGCCCUGAUCGCCAGGGAAUACCACAGCACCAUGAAGCUGCUCGGCAACGACGGUAUCUACUGGUUCUACGGCACUGUCAUGGCCCUUGGCUUCGUCCUGGUGCUAAUAUUUAUUCCCGAGACCCGCGGCAAGACUCUGGAAGAGAUUGAAGUGCAGUUCGGCAAAAACUCCGACAACUCCGCGGAUUCUAGAGAACAGCCGGGCCUCGUGAACGCGUAGCGAGGUGCAUUGUGCUUGGGGAACUGGGACAGUGUUUAAUACAGUGUUUAAUAUUGUUGUAUAUUAUUGCGUAUUUGUUAUGGACAUUUAAGUGCAGUGGAUGCGUUUAUGUAUAGUGUCCCGUAUCGUUUACUUAUUUUUGCUAGGGCAGUUGGUCCCAGUUGAAACCUUUAGGCGGUAGCAUCGUGUUCCAAGUGCGAGGCGAUUACCUACAGUGUGUAAUGAGAUUAACCAAGGAAUCUGUGCUUUCUUUUACCAAGUGAAGUUCCUCUUCCUGGACGAUGUAUGAUUUCUGAAUGUCUAUAUCUCAUUUUAUUGCGAUAGCAAUUUUAUCGACACUCUCUACGGGUUUUUGCCGUCGCCGUCAUGUUCCGUAUAAAGCCCAAACUGAUAACAUCCCCCCGCGCAACGUGUGUUCUACCCGCGGGUAAACGCGCGCGAGCGGGGGCGAUGAGCGUGGCUGAAGCAGAGAUCAAACCAAUCGGCCCAUCUCCGUCGCUCAGAGGGCGCAUGCGAUAACAUCCCCCCGCGUGUUAGACCUGGCGUCGAAUGAUCAAGCAGAGAGGAAACGCCCCGCCCGUCUUUAACGAGCAUGAAGGGACGCGGGAAGGGGGUCUCGCUCGAGCAGCAAAUGUGAACUUUGAAGCAAAACGGAAAGGCGAGCUAGUUGGCGCUGGUUCAUCCUUAGCGCUCGCGUUGUGCACUUUCUUGCCCUUGUCUUAGCGCUUCUAUUGUAUAAGUGUGAACUUUGAUUCUAAGGGCGCUUUCGCGAUCGCUGGUGCGCGCGCUAUCUCGGCAGGCAUCAGCGGUCGGCUCGUAUACCCUUCUACGUGCUGCGCUCUCAACGCGAAGAUACUGUGCGAAAAGAGGAUCUCUCCCUGGAGCGGCCGUAUUCUCUUACACCGUGCAGCGUUUUGUAAAGUUACGCGGUGUCGGAUCCAAAAGAGUUUAGCUGUCAUCCUUACUUCGUAUAAUAUUAAAAUUUGUUGCUAUCGCA